AUGGCGCUAUUUGACAGCGUUAAAAGCGGCUUUCGCAGCGUGACGUUCCAGAUCGUGCUUCUGGGCAUCGUCUCUUUCUCCCAGCCAGGCAUCUGGAUCGCACUCAAUAACCUCGGAGCUGGCGGCCAGGCGAAGCCCUAUGUCGUGAAUCCGGCCAAUGCCCUUACGUACGGCCUAAUGAGCGUGCUGCCUCCCCUUUCCGGAUCCCUCGUCAAUUGCAUUGGUGCCCAGUGGUCUUUGGUAAUCGGCGUCAUCUUCUACACCCCAUACGCGUCCUCGCUCUACGUCAACUCACGUUACGGCAACCAGUGGUACAUGCUCGUCGGAGCCACCCUCUGCGGCAUCGGGGCGCCAGUGCUGUGGUGCGCCGAGGGCCUCGUCGUGGUCGGCUACCCGGCAGUCCACCAGCGCGGCCGCAUGAUCGGCACCUGGACGGCGUUCCGUGACUUCGGGCCCCUGAUCGGCGGCGCCAUCUCCCUCUCGCUCAACGUCAAGGACGCCAACGCGGGCGCCGUCAGCUACAACACAUACCUCGCCCUUAUCGGCUUGCAAUGUGUCGGCCUGCCUGCCGCCCUACUCCUGUCUAGUGAGGCCAAGGUUAGGCGGCCGGAUGGGAGUAGGCCCUCGCUCGGCAGGGAUGCCUCUGCCGGUGUCAAGGAUGAGCUGCUUCGCCUUGUGAAGGCCUUCAAGUUGAGGCAUAUCUUGCUCUUGGCGCCCAUGUACAUCGUGGGGCUUUGGGGCCAGACGUAUCAGUACAACUACUUGGCUACCCACUUCUCUGUUCGCAUUCGUGCCUUGGCUUCGCUGCUGUCGGCGGUGGCAGCCCUGUUUGCCGAUGUGGCUCUCGCCUUCAUCGCUGAUCUCCAACUGUUCGGGAAGACGCAGCGACAGCGCGCGAUAACCAUGUGGACCGGCUUCUCAAUAGCCUUGACCGGCCUUUACGUCUGGCAGAUGGUCCUCGAGGCCUCUUUUGUCGGACAGGAGGACGUGGCUCUGGAUUGGGCUGACGAGCCCAAGGCGCGCUUCGAUGUUAACCUGGCGGUAUACAUACUGUGGAAAUUCGUCUUCGGGGCCAUGUAUAACUUCCAGUUCUACAUUGUGGGAUGCUAUGACUACACCCCCGGCAACAUGCCGAGGGUCAUGGGUAUCAUCCGUGGUCUUGAGGCUGUCGGGUCGACAUUUGCCUAUGUCGUAGGCGCUACCCACUGGCCUAACCUCAACCAAGGCAUCCUCAGCUUCGCGCUGUGGGUAGCUUGCAUUGUUCCAACAAGCCUCGCCUUGCGGUUGGCGCCGAAGAGACAGGGUUCUGACGAGUAUGCAGAUACUCAGCCCACCUCCGUCGAAGAGCAGGCGGAGACCCGCGAACAAGGCUCACUGUCUAAGAACGACGAUCUUACAGUUACCUCGCUAAAGGCGUAG